UAGAUAAUGGUACCUCCUCCAUAUGGCGAUUUGGGAAAACAAGCAAGAGGGAUUUUUAACAACGGCUACCACUUUGGUUUGAUUAAGUUGGAUGUGAAUACUUCAUCAGAUACUGGGGUCGCCUUUAGUACUAAUGGUACUUCAAAUCAACUGACGGGAAAAGUUUCUGGAUCUUUAGAAACGAAAUACAAAGUGAAAGAAUAUGGUCUAACAUUCUCUGAAAAAUGGAACACGGAUAAUACUUUAGUUACUGGUAUUUCCGUUGCCGACCAAGGUGUUAAGGGAUUGACUGUAUCAACAGAUCUUAACUUCAGUCCCAAUACAGGGGACAAGUCUGGUAAAUUGAAGACAGCAUUCCAGAACGAUAGAGUUGCAAUCAAUUUGGACUCCGACCUGUCAGCGCAGCCCGUUGUCGGGGCGUCUUUAGUGGUACAACACCAGGGAUGGUUAGCUGGAUAUCAAACUGCUUUCAGCACGGAAAAUUCUAAACUCACGAAAAAUAACUUUGCACUCGGCUAUUCUACUGCUGACUUCAUCCUUCACACUAACGUUGAUCACAGUGACGACGGCCAGGAGUUCGGAGGUUCGAUAUACCAGAAGAUUUCGCCCAAAUUGGAAACGGGUAUCAUGUUGGCAUGGUCGGCAGGAAGUAACGACACCAAAUUUGGCGUUGGUGCAAAAUACGAACUUGACCAAGAUGCGUCGAUUCGCGCCAAGGUCAACAACCAGAGCCAGAUCGGUUUGGGUUAUCAACAACGCCUUCGUGACGGUGUAACUUUGACGUUGUCUGCUUUGAUUGAUGGUCAGAAUUUCAACAGUGGAGGUCACCAAGUGGGUCUUGCUCUCGAGCUGUCGUCUUAAACGGCGGAGCGGCGCACGGGCCCUUCAGUUGUCCCCUCUUAGUAAUAAAUAUUAUUAUCGAAGUCUGUACUAUACACUCAUUCAUAAACAUAACACACACACAACGUAAUAACGCUUGCGUGAUUCCUACGUUAUAAAAACAAAAUUACAUCAUAAAGCUGAUUAGCGAUUGCGUUGUCCGAAAUUUUUAAUCGAUAAAUAAUAAAUGAAAUACACUGUACCGUUUUUUGUCCCUAUGUUAAAAGGUUGUUUUCUUUUAUUAUUGUAAUUAUUCAUUUAUUUUUUAUUUUAUUUAAAACUUAGUGUGCUGUGAAAGUUUGCGUUUGUUUUGUGGUGUGCAACAGGUCCCAUGUUGUUCCCUGACCAUGUUGCGACUGCAUUCACGCCUGUCCUUUUAUUUCUGAUUUCCUUUUUUUUUUUUGAAAGAGCCACAGAAUCGUUGUUAGUUGUGCAUAAAUUAUAAACAGCAAAAGGGCUUCUCCGGUAUUUUAUUGUAUUAAUUGUAAUAAAAAUUUACAGUUUAAAAGCAA